GCGGGGGCGGGGGCCGAGGCCGGGGCCGGGAGCUCUGCAGAAGUGAAAUGCUCCCUCUGUGUUGUGGGGAUUCAGGCCCUGGCGGAGAUGAACCGGUGGCGGGAAGUUCUCUCUUGGGUCCUACAGUAUUAUCACGUCCCUGAGCAUCUGCCUCCAAAAAUCCUGGAGCUGUGCAUCCUGUUAUAUAGCAAAGUGAGAGAGCCCCAGGUGAUGCUGGAGGUUGGCAGUAGCUGGCUGAGAGACGUAACCAAUAGGAGCCUCCCUGAGUAUGGUUCGUUGCUGGAGCUCUAUCUGUUGCGUGUUUUGCUUCCCCUUGGCCAGUUUGAGGGGGCAGAAGAGCUUGUGCGGGGCUGUGAUGUUUUUGACAGUGAGCAGCAGCAAGCACUUCUCAAGAUCAUUUGUGAAAGCCAAUGUCAGUGGACUCAACAGGAAGAGAUGCGCUCAGCUGCUGAAGAGCAGCAAGACACCACAAGAGAGACAGUUUUGGGUGCUCUGUCCCAAAAGCUCUUGACCAUGUUGACAUUGCUCCGGAGAGCACUGAGGUCCAUGUCAAGCCACUUCUAUUUAAUUCCUUACAAAAAGAUUCUCUUGGCUGCUUUUAUGCUAUAUCUGGUGGUGGUGAGAUUAGACCCAGCUUCUCCCACGUCACUGCCGUUUCUUUAUAGACUGGUCCAGCUCUUCCAACAGGCUUGGGCAGCUGUACUUUCUCCAAUCCGCAGGCCUCCAGUUCAAGACUAAGUGGCUUCCCCCACAGAAAGCAUAUUUUUUUCUGCUGCUGCAAAAGUAUCAGCUUGUAUUGAGGACAUCCUUAGGCUCUUCAAGGACUGUUGAGAUCAGUGUCCCAAUUGAGAUGGCCACCUGUGAGCUCCCAUGUGAUGACAUCUUCCUUUCUUCAGACGGGGAACUGUGUUGUAUGAAUUUUGAAACCAUGCCAUGUAUUCCCCACCCGCACACACUUUGCUUAGCUCUGCAGCAUCAUUCUGUCAAAUACUUGGUUAAAGUUACUCCCCGAACCUGCAACUGAGUGAGAAUCCUUUCCAAAUAGUUUGCUUUGGAUAUACCUCCUCAGUGAGAGUGGGUGGCCAGUUGUGAGCCAGGCUCACUGAGAUGCUUUGGAAGAAGGCCUCAUCCUUGUAAAUGCUGGGCAGCUCUCUGAACGAGGGAAGUAGCGUUCCUGGAGGCAGGACUGUAAAAGACAGCAGAGUACCAGGUAAUUAGGGGAAUAUACUGUUUUGUCUGAAGACAUCGGAAAAGCCCAGUUCCUGCAGCAUGGGAUUUAGGACACACAUGUGGAAAUAAAACAGAAAAUGGAGCCUGUUGCCUUUUGAAAGUCAUGAUUUCUCUGGACUGAUGCCUCCUCAUAUGGGCAUUUUUGAUUUUGAAAAUGAAGGCGAUGGGACACAAAGACUGUUGUCCUGCACCUACUCUUCCUAAAUGCAAACUACUGCACUUUGUGCUUGCCUGAUGCCCAAAAUUUCUUAGGAGCACGGUGGUAAGGCAAUAGAUUUAUUUUUUUUAAUUGUAUUCCAUAUUGUCUAGAUUCUGCCUAAAAUCUAGAAAUAUGAAUGUACUAAACAACAGAAGUUGUUGCUUUUUUUUUUACUCUUAAGGGUUUCCCUAUCAUUUGCUAUGUUUAUUGAGAUGUCAGAAAACCUCCAUAUAUUUAGAAUACCCCCUCCAUACCUAAAGUCUUGGUUCAGAUGAAAGCCAUUUAUCAAUGCUACUGUCAUUCAGAGGAAAAGUUUAUCAAUAGGUAGAAAAAUAUAUUUCUCAAACUUUCCCCAAAGCUGUGGCAAGAAAAUUGUCUUGCAGAAUGCUCUGAUUUGUCACCAGACUGACCCCACUUCAGGCCAUUGAUUUGGAUUCCUAGAGGCAGAGGCUGGAGGUCUGGGGUUGGACGUUUCAUUUCUUCUCCUGCCAUCUACAUAUCAUCAAUUGGCAGUGGUUAAAUUCCACAGGAGAGAGCAUUUGCCUGUUUAAAUAUUGUUUCUACUGAAGCAAGUUGUGUGUAUAGCAUAGAAAACAAGUUAGAGGCAAGGAGCCUUUGUGGCAAACGUAGCCAGCCAUCCCAGCAACUGUGCCGAGAGAAUUCAAAUUGAGUGGAACAGCCAAAAAUACAAAAUGGGGAAAUAAGCAGCCUUUUCGGUAGAGUCCAUCUAAAGCAUCAAACCUGUGAGAAGUAGCCAGUGUAGAUCCCAGCACGGUGUCUUACAACAGUAGUCACCUUCAUAUUGUUCCUUUGUCUGUAGCAACAGCUAUAUACAGAGGUGAUGGCUACUUUUGCUUUCUCUAAAAGGACAGCAGACUUGGUGUCUUCAAGCUGUGUGCUGUAUUGCUUUGCUGUCCUAGGCCACUUUGAAAACAGUCUGCAUCUGCACUGCUAAAAAUAAAUCCAUGUUUAGUUCUUCUUGACCUCUCCCAAUAGAGAGAAAUACUCCAGUAUUACUGGGAGAUAAACUGGGGCAGGUCGUUUAUGAAUGCAGAAUGCAGUAAAGACCUUGCUUAGUUGACUCACAGUAAAAACUAAGAGAUUUUCUGUCUCUGCCAGGACUUUACAGCAGGAUAAUUAGCACAUAAGGCUUCAUCCUCACCAUAUUAUAAAGUUACUUCCUGUGUGUCCUGUGCAUAUAGGGAAUAUAUUGAUAUUGCUAUGUGAAAUUUGUAACAUAACUCUGUGUCCAACACUUGAUGAAAAACCAAUAGAAUCAAACACAGAGGCUCUGUCCAGAUUUGAACUCUUCCAAGAAUUGUUGUUGUUGUAUUUACUGCCCCCUUCUCCCCCCCCCCCACAAUUUUACAAGGCCUAUCUCUAAAUACUUUGUAAAGCAGUUAAUGAAAUAUCAAGGUUCACUCUAAAGGAAGGCCCAAUCUUAACCAAUACUUGAUUGUUCAGGUAGCAACAAUUUGUUUGCUCUAGUUUUCUACUGAUAUUUUUAGUUAGAUGGCAGAGUUGCAUUUGUAGGGGUGGGACUAGUGGUAUGUACAGACCAUAUGUUAUGUUUAGAAUCCUGUUAAAUGUCAUAGCCGUUAAUCUCCUGGGACAUUAACAUUCAAUUUGAUUGUAAUCAUAGUUUGGCAACCUCCACUUUUUUUUUUUUUUAAUACUACUGAUUUUGCAUUUGUGUUGUAUAUAAUUCAUGAUGAGAGGGAAAGA